GUGAUGAUUCAUCAAGUAGACUUACUCAACGAAAACUUUCAUUUCUCGAGGUUUACACUAAAAGGUUAACAUACAUACUUUUUUGGAUCCGAGAGGACUCCAACCAUGUUUGGAAAAUCGAGCCGUUUCAUCGUCAUUGUUUUUAUCCUUCUUUCAAGCAGUUUUGCUGAAGGCAAACCUAAAAGUUCCGAUGUUAAAAAAUCAGCGGCGCUUACAGUUCACAAAAAGCCUCAACCGAUCGAUCAAACAUUUAACGCCAACAACUGGGGCCUCGGAAAAGCUGAUCGAAAACUGCUAACCGAGAUGAAGUACAAAAUUGACUACCUGUACCAGAAAUCGCCGAGCGCUAAAGGUAUAAACUCUUGCAAUUUAAUCAAACUUUCAGUUAAUUAAAAAAGCGACUAAUAAUUGUUCGAGGCUUAUUAUUAGAGCGACUCAAUGUUUGAGGCUUAUUUUAAAAUCAACUGGAAAAUUUUCUUCCUUUCAGUUUGUCCGCAAGAUGGUUGGGUUUACUACGGCAACUUAGGCUACCUCAUCAUCGACAUUCGAACCCUAAAAUGGAGCGAUGCUCGACGAACAUGUCAGAUGCUUGGAGGAGACCUCGCUAUAAUAAAAUCAGCUGCUGAGAAUAACUUCAUUUUAAGCUUGCUCAAGAAACAGAAAACCAUCACCGAUUUGGGAGUGUGGCUUGGUUUUGUCCGCAAGGCAGACAACAAGUUCUACUGGAUUGAUGACACUCCACUGGCGAAAGGUUACACGGCUUGGGCAAGCGGAGAACCAAACAAUCAUCGUGGGAAUGAAAAGUGUGGAAACAUGUUUGGCUUGGCAAACAGCAGGGGAGGCAAGUGGAACGACUUCCCUUGCGAUGUCGAUCCGGCAAAGCAUUGGAAGUACGCCCCAGUUAUCCUUUGCAAGAAAAAGCAAAUUAGCUGA